AUGCUGACUAGCUCCAGCCCUUCACAGGUAAAAACACCGUCAGAGGAAGAAUGGGAAGCCGCCUCUGAGCCAGACUACGACACAAAUGAGGACCUGUUGUAUCCGUACUCCCCAACACCCUACUUCGGUAUGUACCACCUCGUGAAGAUCCCGAUCGGUAGAGGGCUGCUACACCACGUCGAUUACUGGGGAGAAGGAAAAGUGACUAACCUUGGCAAGAUAAGAGGCUUCCCUCAAAGCUACAAUGUAAACGAACAGUUUGCGCUCGUCAGUAAGGGCCACAAUAAGGGAAAGCAAAUACCCAACAGGAUUCCCGUCGUGUCCGUGGACGACAGCGACACUUCCAGUUACAUCAGAGACGGCGGCGUCAAAACUGUUACCAUCAGCACGGGGCCAAUCACUAAGCGGUGCGCUGCAGACGUCGCCAGGAUUGUCAACGCGUCCGAAGGACUCGUCGUUGCCUACGGAUAUUCUGACAAUUCUGACGACAUUCAAAAUCUCGAGCGUGAGCUUGGUAAAAAGGGCUUAUACUAUGGAGCCGGGUACGAACUGCCCGCAGACUUGAGGACCCAGACGGAAUUCAGCACGAAGAGGGUCUUUGCCGACGCAAGUUCAAUCAACAAUCACUUGUACAACUUGGUUACGGGCGGCGACUACUUCAACGCGGUGAAGACUGUGCGCAGUCUCGUCGACAACCAGGGCUCCGGCGUCUGUCGCGACGUCGUCUCGCAGCUCGUCUCGCAUGGCAUCAAGAACGCCAUGUCGUUCGCGUACAAGCUGUGGCACGAGGGCCACAAGGACAUCGUCGAAGAUUACUUCCCGAGCGAAUUCCAACUCAUACUGGACCAAAAGAGAAUUAAACUCAUCGGCAAACAUUACAAUCAAGCUCUCAAACUGGAUGCUAACGUUGACCGGUACAACGACCGCCUAACCUGGGGAGACGGAAAAGACUACACCAGCUACCGAGUCAGCUGGCGACUCAUCUCUCUUUGGGAAAACAACAACGUCAUCUUCAAGAUACUGAACACCGAACACGAGAUGUACUUGAAACUGGACGUGAACGUGGACAGUUACGGCGACAGGAAGACCUGGGGAUCGAACGAUUCCAGUGAGAAGAGACACACCUGGUAUUUAUACCCGGUGAAGGUGGGCGACCAACAGCUGUUCCUCAUCGAGAACCGGGAGUACCGGCAGGGCCUGAAGCUGGAUGCGAACGUGGACUGGUACGGGGACCGCCUUGUGUGGGGGAACAACGGGACAGUCGCCGAUAACCCCGAGUACUACGGCUUCAUAAUCCAGCCGUGGCAGUGAAACCCUCCUACAUCCCAGACGACUGCCGCUACAUCUGACCAUGUUA